AUGCCCACCGUGGAUGAUAUUCUGGAGAAGAUUGGGGGGUUUGGCUGGUUCCAGAAGCAGGCCUUCCUGACCCUAUGUCUGCUCUCUGCUUUCUUUGCUCCCAUCUACGUGGGCAUCGUUUUCCUGGGCUUCACCCCAGACCACCGAUGCCGGAGCCCUGGGGUGGCCGAGCUCAGCCAGCGGUGUGGCUGGAGCCAGGACGAGGAGCUGAACUACACGGUGCCCGGGCUGGGGGCCACAGGUGAUGCCUACACCCGCCAGUGUCUCAGGUAUGAGGUGGACUGGAACCAGAGCGCCCUUGACUGCGUGGACCCACUGGCUGGCCUGGCUGCCAACAGGAGCCAUCUACCACUGGGCCCCUGUAGGGAUGGCUGGGUGUAUGACACGCCCGGUUCUUCCAUUGUGACAGAGUUUAACCUGGUGUGUGCUGAUUCCUGGAAGGUGGAUCUGUUUCAGUCCUGUGUGAAUGUGGGCUUCUUCCUCAGCUCCCUGGGAAUUGGCUACAUUGCAGACAGGUUUGGCCGCAAAGUCUGUCUCCUGCUGACCGUCCUCAUCAGCGCCAUCUCAGGAGUUCUCAUGGCCAUUGCACCGAACUACCCAUCCAUGCUGUUCUUCCGCCUGCUGCAGGGGCUGGUCAGCAAAGGCAGCUGGGCAUCAGGCUACACUCUAAUCACAGAGCUGGUGGGCCCGGACUACAGGAGGACGGUGGCCAUCUUGUACCAGAUGGCCUUCUCGGUGGGCCUGGUGCUGCUUGCGGGCGUCGCCUAUGCCCUGCCCCACUGGCGGUGGCUCCAGCUGGCCGUCUCCCUGCCCGUCUUCCUCUUCAUGUUCUACUACUGGUGUGUGCCCGAGUCUCCGCGGUGGCUGUUAUCACAGAAGAGAAACACGGAGGCGGUCAGGAUCAUGGGCUACAUUGCCCGGAAGAAUGGGAGACCGUCUCCUGCUGAUUUAAAGAUGCUGUCCCUCAAGGAGGAGGACAUCCCUGGAGAGCUGAGGCCGUCCCUCGCCGACCUGUUCCGCACGCCGCGCAUGAGGAAGCAUACCUUCAUCCUGCUGUACCUGUGGUUCACAAGCGCCGUGCUUUACCAGGGACUCAUCAUGCAUAUUGGGGCCACCGGUGGGAACCUCUACCUGGACUUCUUCUACUCCUCUCUGGUUGAGUUCCCCGCGUCCUUCUUCAUCCUCUUCACCAUCGACCGCAUCGGCCGCAUCUACCCACUGGCUGUGUGGAAUCUGGUGGCGGGGGUAGCCUGCUUCGCUAUGGUGUUUAUUUCACAUGAGCUAUACUGGUUAAAUAUCGUGGUAGCUUGCAUUGGCCGACUGGGAAUCACCAUUGUGUUCCAAAUGGUCUGCCUAGUGAAUGCUGAGCUGUAUCCUACAUUUAUCAGGAACCUUGGAUUAAUGGUAUGCUCUUCCCUGUGUGAUGUGGGUGGAAUCGUCACCCCCUUCAUUGUCUUCAGGCUGAUGGAGGUUUGGCAAGGCUUGCCUCUCGCGUUGUUUGCGGUGUGUGGCCUGGUGGCUGGAGGAAUGACGCUGCUCCUUCCAGAGACCAAGGGGAUGUCUUUGCCGGAGACCAUCGAGGACAUCGAGAACCUCUCGAGGAAAGCAAAGCCCAAAGAAAACACCAUUUACCUUCAGGUCCAGACAUCAGAAUUCUCUGGCACCUAA